AUGGAUGAAUCCAGAGAUUUUCUUACACGACAUAAGAUAGAUUAUCCUUCAAGGAUUGCGAAAAAAUCGGUCAAGUACAAACCAAAAGCGCAUUAUCCAACACCCUUGAAUAUAUUAAAUGGACCAUAUAAAUAUCAUUUGAAUACAAGUUGCUUAAAUGAAACUUUACCUUUGGAGAAACGAACGGAAGAUCCCCGAAGUUAUACGAAUAGGGUGCAUACAAAAUAUCCACAUUUGAAGAAAUUUAUUCUCGAAUCUUCUUUGAAUGAAGAACUUUUCGAAGAAGAAAAUAAGAAGCUAAAUCGAACUGUUUAUCAAAUAGAUUAUUCUAAGCAUCUUGACGAUUUUGUAUCUUUGCGUGAUCAAAAGUUAGGAACGCAUAUAAAACGAGCAACUUUACCGGACAAUUGGAUCAUACCAGAAACCGUACAAAAACGUUCUUUUCGAAAUCCUUGGGAAAUGAUUAGAAAGGAUUUAUUACUUGUCAAAGUCAAAGAAAAACCUGCAAAUAAUCUCGAUCCUAAUCCGAAAGAACGCGAAAUUCUUCGUGUCAAAACUGGAAAAUCUGAAUACGAAGAUGCGAUCGGUAAAACGGGAAAUUUAAUUAUGAGAGAAAAACCUUACGGCCUAUUAUUACCGAUCGAGACAUCCGCCAUAUUGGGUACAAAGGAUGAUUCUAAUAAAAAAUCAGAAUGUUCUAUCGUUUUAACUUCCAAAAACAUAGCAUUACCUUCAAAUAUAUUUUGAUUUUUAAUUCUAAAGAAAUAAAAUUGUUUUAUGUUUUUUCAAAUGUACAAAUACGUUAUAGAAUUAAGGAUCAAUGUCAUCAUGUGUUUGAUCAAUUAUAAAGAUAGUUUAUUAAUUGUGUAGAUCAAUUAAAAGUCGUAGUAUAGAACACAUGAUGAAUUGAUUGAUAUUUUCCAUAAAAAAAAAAAGAAAAAGUAAAUAAAACUACGCUCCUCAUUGCUAGUAAAUUGACAUGGCAAAGAUCACAAUUUACAUGUUGGUAAAAUUUAUAGAAAUGAUUCACAUUUUUAAACGUAAGAGAAAAAUUUAAAAAUGAUUGAUCUUACACCAUGGCUUCUUGCUAGCAUUACAAUAAAAACGCGUUAACAUGAUUUUUUAUAGUCUAUCAUUAACUCUAAAUUUAUCUAAAUCAUUCAGAAAGUAAUCGUGAUAUUCGAUUUUGAAGUUAUUAUCAAGAUCAUCAACUUGAAUUAUACAAAAAGAACAAGAAAAGAAAAUUAAUAGUUUACAUUAAAUUUAUCUCUAAAAUGAUGUGUUAUUAUU